AUGGCUUCAUGGGAAAAAGUUUGUCUGCCUAAGGUGUUUGGGGGGCUCGGCUUCAGAAAUGGUCAGAGGUGGAAUCAUGCUAUUUCGGCAAAGUAUAUCUGGGCGAUAUCAGAAAAGAUGGACUUGCUGUGGGUGAAAUGGAUAAAUUCCAUUUAUUUGAAAGGCUCUGAUUUCUGGACCUAUAAACUGCCUCCGGAUACCAGCUGGUACCGGAGAAAUUUAUGCAAUCUGAGGGACAAAUUCAGUAGGGAAGAUGUUAAGGCUGCUGGUUUAACAGGGAAGUUUUACUCUUCCAUUUUGUAUAACAACUCUCUAUGCCAUCAGCAGGUUGGAUACUACAAAGCUGUUUGGAGUAGAUUAUCUCUGCCUAAGCAUAUAUUUUUGUUAUGGCAGGUAGUCAAUGUCCAGCUACUUACACUUGAUAACUUGCUUCGUUUUAGAGUGCCUUUAGACUCCUUACUGUGCCCAGUUUGUGGUGACUUUGAGGAGAGUCAUUCCCACUUGUUCUUUGAAUGUUCACUGUCUAAACAGGUGUUGGAUCAUGUUUUUGGUUGGUUGGAUUGCAAUAAUUGGCCUUAUGAGUUUGACAAAUGGAGGACAUGGAUUUCAAACAGAAAUAAUGGUUUCAUUUAUCAUUUGGCUAUCAUGAUAUUAGCGGCAACUGUUUAUAGUAUCUGGAGGAAUCGUAACAGCUAUAUUUUUUAUCAUUUCUCUAAGUCUGCUUCGAGCAUAGCUUCGGAAGUUAAGUCUUUAACUCAUCAAAGGCUGAUAAGUAUUCGUAAGCAGAAGCUUUCUGUUCAGGAGCACAUAAUCUUAUCUCGUUUUGUAAUGUUUGCCUGA